CGCUGCCCUGAGAGCUGCUGGGACAAGGCUGAGCUUGUGGUGCAGCUCCAGCACAUCCCCUGGGCCCCCAGAUGUAUCUGGUGGAGUUGCUCUGCAGGAGGCAGCUGUGUUAUCAGGCAGAUUGGAGAAGCAUUUCGGGGGACAGCUGUUCAGUAACAGCUCAGAUGCCUAAGAAAUUCCCUAUCAUGAAAACUUCUCUACCUAGCAGUCAUGCUGCAACAGGUUUGGAAGGAAGGAAUAACAGGAGAGCUGAAACAGAGAAGCUAUUAUCCUGCAGUAUCCAUGCCUUUUCAGACCAUAAAUCUAUGCUUCAGCUACGCACCUUCAUUAGUGAAGUUUCUCUUCUGUACAAAAUUGACUUCUUGUGUGAAACAUUGCUUCCGAUGGUCCCCGAGGUUGGACAUAGCAUUGCAGAAAGUGUUGAUGUGAAAAUCUUGGAAAAUACUAGUUGUAUCUGGAAAGGAUGUCAAGAGGGGACCCAAAAUGAGCUUAGGAGUGUUACAACACCCACACCUUUGGAACAAGAAGUGAGGCUUUAUACUACUGGCUGGUGCAAUGAUUACUCUAACUUUCUUCUAGAGCUAAACAUGCUGGGCUGGAGCCUUGAGAAUCUCAUUGCUGUCACUGUAGGACCUGCUGCACACAUGUGGAAUGGACUUGAUUUGAAAGCUGUUCAAGGCAUUGAUUUGAAUUCCAGCUCCAAACACAUUUCAUAUCUGGCUUGGAUAAAAGGAAUAUGCCUUGCAGUUUGGAUCAGUGAUGGAGAAGUGCAGUUGUGGAACAUUGAAACCAGAAAGAGGCUGAGAAACAUGUUUGGCCACCUGUCUGUAAUUGGAGCUGGAAUCAUUCAAUAAACCCGUGCUGUCUUUUCCUGCUCUCUACUGGGAUUUGUCCAUCACCGUGAUGUUCAGGUUGCUCAGCACCGUGUUGGGAUUCUUUGUCAAAACAAAUAAAACAUUUGCAGCCUGAAAUUGUCACUAGCCAACCUGUUGCUGGCAUUUUGGUCUAGAGGUGGUAUAUUGAAUAUUUGGCCUAGCAACCCUGGGGUGAAAUUGCAGUCACAGGCACUGAAAAUCAUACUUCCCUUCUUAGCAGUUAAGGCCAUGACCUGGUGUCCUUGGCAGUCAAAAGUCCUUGCUACAGGAGGUGGAAUGAAAGAUGGGAUUUUGCGUGUCUGGCACAUGAAUUGUGAGAAAAUCAUCCAAAGUGCAAUUACAGAUUCACAGAUUUCUUCCUUGCUCUGGUUACCCAGUGAACUGACAAUGGGACAAGACCUUCCUGCAAAUCAGAUGAAAAUAUGGGAGUAUCCCAUGCUUGUCAAUUCAUUAGAACUCUAUGGUCUCAAAGGGAUAAUCUUGCAUAUAACCCUGAGCUCAGAUCAGAAACAGAUGAAUUGGAAGACAGUUGUUCUUGGAGUUCAUUGGACAUCCAUUCCUGAAGAAGCACAGCAGAUAUUUGUGAUUAUGGAAACCUUUCCUCAUUGUCAGUUUGACCGGCCUCCCUUUGAUUAUGACAUAAUGCUCCUCAAGUAUUUAGAUGGUAUCGCUGGUUUGGCAUGGCAAUGACAGGGAGGAAGGUAACCACGUCCCUCUCUGUGCUAGCUGGAACAACUACAGGCAUCUGUGGCUCAAGCACCUGACCGUGGUUCAUCUCUGAGGAGCUCCUUCCCCUGGAUUUGAAUGAUACUGCCAAGCUGAAUAAAUAUGUGCAACUUUUGCCUCUGCCUGACUUUUUUGAAGAUGUUGAAUCUGGCACACUCUGCCAGGUGGCUGGCUGGGGAGACACAUCACCAGGAAAGCCAUC